UACAAAAGUGACUCACAACAUGGAACAGGAUGUAAAGGUUUGAGAGAACAAAAGCAAGUAAAGGUGACGUAUGUGUGCAGAAGUGCACAAGUGGAAAAGAGAAAGCAGGUGGGAAACUUUGAUAAUUAUUCCUGUUACAUCAAUUCUUUCUUUCUACUCAUGUGAUGUAAAACUCUGGACCGGGUCAGUGGUCAGCCAGGAUAGUUCUCUCAGACUGAAUGUGGGACUUUGGUGGAUCCAAAGAUCAUCUCAGGUCAACCCAGUGCAUUUUUAAUUCGAAAACAAAAACUAUUUUUAAGCGCAUAGGAUGGACUCUGUUUCUCUCAACCUGCGAGAUCAGAUCUCAGAGCUGCUGAAGCCUCACAGAGUCUGUUUGGUGACUCCUGUUGUUCUGAACUUCAGUCAUUCAGGUGAAAGAUCAGUCAACAGGUUUAUGGUGCUGAGUCUGUGGAGAGGCUACCUGGUUAUUAACAAGCACCCUGUCAGGGUGGAGAACACUUUCAGCUACCUGGAGAUUCGCUCCAUCAACAUUCACAGUCUCACAGAGAUUGUCCUGGAAGCGGAGAGGCAGACUCUUUCUUUCAGUGUCUUACAUGGUGAAGAUCUGGAGUCCAUGGUCAGUCACAUAACUGCCUCACUCAAGAGGACCUUUCCUGACUCCUCACCACUAAAUCUGUUGAAGACCGUUCCUCCUGAUAUGCAGCAGAGACUUCUUGAGCUGACAGGUGUGAUAGAAGAGCAGCUCCACAAUCAGCCAGGACCCUGUGGAGGAUUUUCUGAAACCUAUGCUGCUCUGUGUGAUUUCAAUGAGAUACCAUUUCGAGAAGAGAUUCAGUGGGAUGUCGACAAUAUCUACUACACAAACAACUUGAGACAGUUCAAGCUGCAGGACUUCAGCCACUUAGAAAGCAGGGACUUGGCAUUAGUAGUUGCAGCUCAGUCUUUCAGCCACUGGUUUUCUAAGAUCUACUGCAAGGAGCUCAAACUGUCAGUAGACGUCCAGCAGCAGCUGACUUUCCUGCUGUCCAGAUCUUCUGGUCUUGAGGAGCUGUCUCUGGAGGCCUGCGGACUCAAACCGGACUUUGCAAUUAAGAUAGCUGCUGCGCUACGGGAGAACACCUCUUCUAAACUGCAAUCCAUCAACCUCUCAGGAAAUCCAAUCGAAGACAAAGGUUUAAUAGCUGUCAGUCAGGAGUUUGGGAAUCUACCUGAAGGACUGAAGUACAUUUCUCUGUCCCGGGUGUCAGUGACUGCUAGAGGCGUUGGCUGUCUAAGUCAGAUGUUAUCUUCCACUCAGCUGUUCUCAUUGACUCUGAGUCAUCUGGAUCUCUCUGGUAACCCGGGCAGCCUGGUCACUGAAGAUGCCAUGUUCCUCUUCAAGUUCCUGUCCAGUACUAACUCUCUGUGUCAUUUGGACCUGAGUGAUACCUCCUGCCCUCUGGACACGUUAUUUGUGUCUCUGUCUGCUGGAUGUUGUUACAAACUGAUGCACCUGAACCUGGCCAGGAAUCCUUUCAGCCACAGAAAGGUGCGUGAGGUGACCAAAAGCAUUCAAAAGUUCUUCAGUCAGAGUUGUGAGCUGAAAUAUGUGAACCUGUCUGCAACCAAACUACCUCCACAAGCUCUCAGGUUGUUACUGCAGGGUCUGGCAACCAACACUUGUCUCAUUGGGCUGGAGCUGGACAUCAGUAGCUGUGAACUACGUUCAACAGGGGCCCAGGUCAUACAAGAGCACAUCUCUGAAGCCACCGUUAUAAAAAGUCUGGAUAUCUCUGACAACGGUUUUGAGAACGACAUGGUGACUCUGGUUCUGUCUGUUGGCAGAUGUCGCUGUCUUCAACAUCUUGCUCUGGGGAGAAACUUUGCCAUGAAGUCCAGAGCUCUCACCGAUGUUCUUCAUCGUAUAGCCCAGCUCAUUCAGGAUGAAGAGUGUCCCCUGCAGUCUCUCUCGCUGUGUGACUCCAGGCUUAAGACGGGGAUAAACAUCCUGCUGAGUGCUCUGGGCGGCCAUGCUGCUCUGGCUGAGGUCGACAUCAGUGGGAACAGCAUUGGAGACACUGGAGCCAAAAUGUUGGCCAAAGCUCUGAUGAGUAACACCAGACUGAGACGUCUAGCAUGGGACAGAAACAACGUGACUGCCAGAGGCUUCAAGGAUGUGGCUGAUGCCUUAGAGUGGAACUUCACUCUGCAGCAGGUGUGUCUCCCGCUGGCUGACAUCACGCAGAGUUACCGUAGCGACCCUGACAGAACAAGUGAGGCCCUGCACAAGAUUCAGAGGUGUUUAGACAGAAAUAACCAGAGACCAAGUGAACGAGUGGAAUUUCAGCAAACGUUGAGAGCUCAACACUCCGAAAAGUUGGUCCAAGGUUUGUGUAGGCAGUUGGAAGACAGCAUUCAACGUGUAAACCACUGCGACACUCAGCAGGUCCAGGCUGACAUCCUGAAUGCAUACGAGGUGCUGCACAAUUCCAGGGAGUCCAUUAAGCUGCUCCCCUCUCUGUAUGAGGCAGGGAGGACGUGCACCUCUGAUGGAGACAUGGUGAACUGCAUCCUCAAUGAUGCUGCUACAGCACUGACUAAUGAGUUCAAUAGAAGCAUACAGGAGUUGGCUCAAGGCCUGACGAGGAGUGCAGAGGCAGUGUGUCCAAGGGUUGUUCAGCGGUCGAGUGUGUGCGAGAGUCUUUCAGAGUGUGUGUCCAAAAAAGUCAGACAGACGCACACAUUCCUGACAAGCACCCUGCUGAAGCACACAGGGCCAAUCAUCAGCAACAGACUGAGCGAACUGAAAAAAACUCUGAGUGUCUCUCUGGCUGAAAGCAUCAUUGAACAGGUUCUGCAGGAUCUGACAACAUCACAGGACAAAAUGGAUUGCUUUAUAAAAGAAAACUCAUGCAAUACUCAGAAAAUCAACAUCCCAGAGCUGCGACUGGUUGAAAGUGAUUUCCCAACAGAUGACUACAGUCCAGCAAUUUGGAGAAACAACCUGAGGCCUGCACCUUCAAUUAAGAGUCUCCUGGAUGCUGACUGGGAGCAGCAAAUGAGGGACAGAGCAGGAGAGCGAGAGGAAGGGGGAGGAGGAAGGGGUGGCCUCCCUAGGUUACCCACAGCAACCACCCUGUCAGUCACAGACUCAAGACACUCCCCUUCCACUUCCCCGCCCCCAUCCCCCUCAGGAUGGAGGGGGAGGAGGCGGGGGGAGGGGGAGGUGGCGGCAGUGGAUGCUGCAGCAGCAAUAUCAGGAGCAAGAGGAGCAUCGUUGAUUCCCUCUCGCGGUCUUCCCCUCUUUUACUCCAUCUCCGCUCGAGCUCCAGAGAAGGAGGCUGCCGGCCACGGAGGCUUAUUUAGAAGAGAGGCUUCCAGCCCAGGCCCUCUCCCCGGCUCUGGAUCCCCUGCUUCUCCCAUGGAGCCUCUACCCACCCAGGGCCAGACUCUAAGGCACUACACCGCCUCCCGACCGCGGCCACGACGCACACACACACAGCCCCCCUCCUUCAGGCCUCAGGAGCCUGUUUCAAAGGUAGAAAAUGAGGCGAGUGAGGGUAUGGGCCGUGUGGACGAAGGAGUAGAAGAGUUCUUCACCAAGAAAAUCAUCCCUGACUAUGCACUAAAAGGCCAGUGGGAGGAGUCAUACCCUGCCCAAGCCACUCCCUCAGAGUCAAGCUCCACUCCCUCAGCCUCAACCCCCUUUUCUUCUUCGUCUGAUAAUAUCACCCCCUCUACCAUCACCACCACCACUACUAGCACCACUGUCACCUCCCCCUCUGUACCAUCUAUUGACACAUCCUUUAUACCCACCGAUGUACCCCCACUCUCUUCAUCCUCCCCCACUCCCCCUACCCCUGCUUCUGACACCACCACCAACCCCACCACACUUCCCUCCAAAAACAUCAAGAAAAAGUUUGGCGACUUCUUUGCCUUCAAGAGAGCUCGAGCCGGCCGAGCAGCCAAGGCAGGAGGGGGAGAGGGAGGGGGAGAGGGGGUGAAGGUCAAAAGGACCUCCAUCGCAGACCUCAUCCGACCCCUCCGAGAGGCCAAAGAAAGGGAGAGAGAGAGGGAGAGAGAGAAGGGGAGAGGGUCAAGGUCAGUGGAGGAUGCUAACGUUUCUAAUGAUGCCGCCAUCACAGAAGGAACCGCUGCCAUCGGCGAGCGUCUUGCGGGCGAUGCGAGGGGAAUGAUGGCGCCUGCCAAGACUUUACCCACGAUGACGCCUCCCAGUGAGACCACACCCUCUUACCCCACCAUCACCACAAGCCCCGACCUCACCCACCUGGAAGAUGAGGCAGCUCCUGCCUUGCCACAUCAUGCCCCCAGCUCUGUGGUCACCCCCCCUUUAACAGAGCAGGAGAUGAAGAUGGGAGAUUCUCCGUUUGGAGAGAGGAGACUGAAGGUGACCAAGAGAUCUCUGAGGGAGGGAAAGAGUCAGAGUCUCAUUCUGUUGACAGGACUAGAGCCUGAGGACAAGGAGGACAUACACAGUAAGAAGCAUGCGUCUGAGAGUACAUCUAGUUUUGAACAGAGGCUGCAGGUGAUGCUGCAUAGAAUGGGCGUGGUCAAAACUCCACCUGCUGACACCAAGACCAGCCAGAAUAAGGAUGAGGAGCUGAGAAAAGCCAACUCUGAAGGUGCUAUCCUGGAAAAACCUGAACCUCCUCCUACCUUCCUGAAGCCCAGAACAAUGUCUACGUCAUCAGCGGACCCCAGACAUCCAAUGAGAGUACUGGACCCUAUCCGCCCAGAACCUCCCAUUCACCCAAAGCCCGCCCUUCCUGAUCGCCCUGUCGGCCCUCUGCCACCCAAACCUGCCAUCGCAGCCAAGCCUCCUAUUCCCACCCCGACUGCUUCUGCAGGAGGAGGAGGAGGAGCCUGUCCCUUCUCUGCUCCUCUGUCCAGCAGCUCAGCAGAGAGAGUCCAGCUACGAUCACUCAGUCAUGACGACAGGCCUGCAGAGACUACAGCACAGAAUGGAAGUCAGGAGGGUCCCCGGGGUGCAGCCCCAGCUCUGUCUCCCAGGAAAGAGCUGCUUCCUCCAGCCACGUCUCCAUGGAGGGGUCACAGCGCACAGCAUCGCUCUGAGAAAGCACAAUCAGUGACAGAUGAGAGUCUUCCUAAGCCACGCCAACACAUUAAGCCCCUCCCACAACGCAGAGCUGUGUCUGUCCACGAGGAUGCUUUGACCAUGACACAAGAGCUGAAGGCAGUGCUACAGAGAUCACCCAUCCGUUUCCGGGGCAACAUGGGGGACUUAACCACCUGCACAGAAGAUCCAUCCAGCGGGGAGGGAGCACAACGAGCUCAGGAGGCCAGUGACACAGGGAAACAGGCGGCAGAAGAUCAGAAGAAGGUUGUCCAUAAAGAUGCAAGGACAGUAGCUGAAACCAAGCCGCCGCCUCCUCCGGUAAAGGAGAAAUUCCCCAGCUUUGCAUGUCCCUCUUCUACAGCUCAGGCUCAACAUGAAGGAUCAGCUCGACUCUUAAGUCCAGCUGCAGCGCUCGACAAAGCUCCAUCUGUCCCUGAGAGGCCUCUAGCACAAACCCACACCCUGGAAAAACCUCCUGUAACCCCAACAUCCCAGAAAAAGAGCCCCGGCACAUCCCUUGCAUUUUCUCAAACUCUAGAAAAACUGCUGGUGUCCCAAUCACCUCAAGAAAAGACCCCCAGCACAAGCCCAGCUGCAUCUGAACCCCUUGAAGUGAGUCCUCAGUCACACAAGGAGAAGAGCCCAGGCACAGGAGAUCUGAGAAAGAGCACACAGGAGAGGGGGGAGGCGGUCUCUAAACAGCACACAGUGAAGGCAGAGCCAGCUGACCAAAGAACUGAGCCCCCCCUGUCUGAAAAACACAAAGACUGAGUCACCUAAGGAGACACCUGGGAGAGAGAGGAGGGAGGACGCUUUGACAUCUCUGAGAUCAGGAGCUGGGAGGGUCUACGGGGUCUGAAAGUGACUUGAAUGUUGAUCAUCUAGUAAGACACAGCUGCUGUGUACAGCUCACAUCUGUAUUGUUGCUGUUUAGUCAAACUCAUUUCUAAUGUGCUUAAGGAACAAACUUUAUAACCAGUGUGAGGGCUAAUGUGUGGACAAAAACUGCUUUUGCUUUAUAACCAACUUUUUAAGUUUCACAUUAUUCCUAUAGCAUUCAGCCCAAACAGCAGGUGUACAGAUGUUUUCUGUAGCUAGCUAGCACCAAACACCAACCACGUGUUGUUGUCAUGCCAUCCUCGAACCAGGAACUUCAUUUGUUUGAUACGUUUCUAACCAUAAGCUGUUUGAUAAGACAUAGCCAUCGUGACAUUACUUAUUGGUAUGGGGAUCUUGGCUAUGAAGCCUUCGAGUUUGGAACUUAGGCGGUCGACAGCUUGGUUUUUUUGUUUCGUUUUAAAGACAGAAGUGACCAUAUUUAGAUGACAGACAGAAUUCACAUCUAUGAUAGGGGGGUUAGGCUUAUUAAUAUUGAAGCUGUAACAUCACCACAGCACCUCCCUUCCCCGUCAUGACUUUCUUACUCCCGGUUCUUUACGCUCCAAUAAUGAUGAAUCAAGAAGGAGAAAUGUUGAGCUUUGAGUCAUGAUUGCUCAUGUGCUCCAAGGGACCAGCUGAUAUUUUCAAAUAUUGAGGGGCUGUUUGUGGAUGAUUUUUUAAGCUAACCAUGCUUACAAGGCUUGAACCUGACCUUUGAACUUUACAUUUUUACGUUUCAUCUCACUACUUCAGAGAGGCGUAAAGUGGCUCUGAUUAUCUUGAAAAAUAACUUUGACAUUAAAGCAUUAGACCCAAUAUUCUGAUUAUUUUCGAGUGAUGUCGAAACGAUUUCACUUUCUUUUUUAUUUCCUGAUCCAAUCACACCAUCCACGUUCAGAUAGUUUGUGCUCUGCGUAUUUAUUUUGCCUUAUGUAGUGGUUCUCACAUUAGCCUUUUUGAAUCUUCAGAUGAAUACAUGGACACUUUCCAUGCAAGUGCUUUAUGUUCCUGCAUCUUUCUGUGAACACAAUGUUGUGACAUUCAUAUCAAUCCAUGUUUAGUCAUUCUGUAAGGAAACAACAGGACCAGAGACGUUCUUGUAUCAGAGAAAUAUAUGAUCAGCUAUAGUGUGAGAUAACUAUUCAGUCUAUCAAGCUCUCAGGGUGGUUGUGGUGGAUGGUGUGUGUACGUGUGUACGUGUGUUUGUGUGUUGUAAGAGCAGACCUCAGAUCAGCUCCUGAUCCUCCUCCUCUCAGGGGAGAAUUUAUUUUCUACCAUCAUGUUUGUCUUUGCCUUGCACGCACAAAAUAUGUACAAAACUACAGAAAGCAAACAAAAACAAAGUUAUGAACAGAGUAUAAAUCCAAUACCUAUACUUGUUAAUAAUUAUUAAAAAUAUGAGUUGUGUCAAAUGUU